CCAGCCUAUUCCUUGUACCUCUGCUAUGUGCUGCGGGGGCUCCCAGCUGCCCUGGCGCUCCUCCUCCUAUAGACACUGUCCAGCCAUAUAAGAAAAUUCAAUGGAUCAGGAAUAAGCUCCUUAUCUGGGUUUGUUUAGCCUCUGCUACUGAGCGUUCACCAGCUCCGUGUGGUGCUUUUAGCUCUGACUGACUCCUUUGGAUUUCAGCUCAGGGCCAUUAGCCUCUUUAAACUCCGUGCAAACCCUUUAGAAAUUAUGUGCACAAGCCACUAACCGCUGUGAGGCAGGAAUUAGAGUGGGAGGAUCACCUGCCCUUUUGCAAGAGGACAGCUUCUGUGAAGCCAGAACUAUAUUGUGAGGGGAAGGCAAGAGAGAAAGAGGCCUGCGCAAGUUCUCUUAUUGCUAUGCACUCCAGAGCUUACUUCUUGUUGGAAAGAGAGUAUCUGGAGUAUAAAGAAGACAACAUUUUUGGCAUCUUUGUCACUCCUAUAAAGGAUAAUUUGCUAGAAUGGCUAGCCGAAGUCCAGGGACUCAAGGAUUCUCUCUGGGAAGGGGCUGUUCUCCAGCUGUCAAUAAAGUACACUGAAGAGUACAAUAGUGUCCCUCCAACUGUUAUGUUCAACACCAUUCCAUUCCAUCCCAAUGUGGAUCAGCACUCGGGGAGACCUUGUAUAGAUUUUCUAGAAAACCCUAAAGAGUGGAAUGGAAAGUUAACGAUGAGUAGCAUUUUACUCGCUGUCCAGGUCAUGCUUUCUAAUCCAGAACUGGAAAAUGCAGUGAAUGUGGAAGCAGCAGAAAUGCUGAAAAACAACAUAUCCUUGUACAGACAAAUGGUUAUACAAUGUGUUAGAACUAGCCAGCACCUAGAAGACCUUUCUAGCACUGGGAAAGUUUGUGCUUCUUCUCCAAAGUAUUACUUGCCAUCUGAAGCAUCUUCUCGGGGCCAUGUCAGAAGGAUUACAACCAUUUCGUUUGAAGAUUACCACAGGAUGUGGUCAGGAAUAGCCACAUCAAAAGCAGCAGAACAUUUUAAAGCCCCAUUGUUUGAAGAUCCAGCAUUUAUAGGGAAUUGUUAUGGCUGGAAGGCAAAAAAUGUGAAAGAAACAGGAGAAUGGGAUGAGAAUUCAUACAAUGCUAUUGUCUCUCAACUCAUCAGAAAGCAGAGGCAGCAAACAAUAGAUGAGAAACUGAUAGAAAUUAGGAAAAUGGAACAGGACAACAACCUGCUUUACCAAACUCCAGAACCAGAAAGUCAAGCAGCAGGUGAAAAGAGACCCCUCAGCAAAGAGGAAGAGCCGUGGGAGAGUGAAGUGGACAAUCUAGUAGCCUGGACUAACACUCUUUGUACCAAAGGAUUAGAGGAUUAAACUGUAAGAUCACAUAUACAGACCCGGAAACACUUUUUUUCUUACCAUUUAUCAAAGGACUUCUGUACCAGUCCUAUGGGGUGAAUCCUUAGUUCUCACUCACUCCUUAUUCAGGCAAAUUCCUAUCAGCUUCAAUGAGAAGGUGAGUAAAAACUGAGCAGAAAUCUCAGUUUCACCUGUGUGAACUAGAUUAUUCGCUGAUAUCUGCGCCACCACAUUGUCUUCAGUGGAUUUGCUGUGGAGUUACCGCUUGGAUCUUAUUACAUCUCUCUGUUGGUGCUGCCCAAGACUCUGCAGUGCACUAUCUUAGUUGUGUUCACUCUAGAGGACUUAACGGAGUAAAAAAUGGGUUGGUCAUUACAGACAGAAGAUCUGCUCUCUGUGUGUGUUUGGAGUCAGAUCUAUUAAGAAGAGACCAUUUCUCCAUAGUCAUUUUUAUAGUCAAACUACACUUUAAGGUUCUGUCUUUAAGCACUCAAAAACCAGAAAAUGGCAAAGCUAAUGUUGCUCUUGUAACUUUAAUUCUGACCAUUCAUGCUUAUGGGUUAUGAUGCAGCCUUUAAUAUACAUGAUCCCUAAACCAAUGUUAGCUGAAAAAGGAGUGAAUGUUGUACAGCUUCUGGGAAAAAACUUAAUGUGCCUCUUAACAAUAACUUUCUGGCUUAUCAAUAGUGGCCUUAUCUAGGUUAUAAAGGAAGCUCAGUUUAUGCCUACUA